AUGAGUACUAAAACUAACACAGACAAUAAACACAGAGGAAAGGUUGAAAUCACAGAAGAAGGCAUUAAAUUACUUGAAAAGUUGACGAAAUCAUUGAAUUCUGCUAACACAACAAAUGGUGGAUGCCCCAUAGCUGAAAGUCCGAUGAAAGAAAACAUUUCAACGCCACAUGAUGGUAAAAGCAAUACAUCUAAGAAAAGGAAACGUGUAACUACUCCUUCUCCUGAUAGAGUUAAACAACCUAAUCGUGCGUUGAAAGAUAUUGUGAACUUUUAUCCGGCUUUAUCAUCGAGCAGUCGAACUUCAUCAAAGGGAACGACGCACAACUCUGAAGGAUAUGAACAUUCUUCUCAAUCUGGUAUUAUCGUUGGUACUUCUUCGUCAGUGCAUAUUCCUCCCUUUCAUACUGAACAGCCGAUAACAUCUGUAAAACAACCCACCAGUGUCAGGUUUCUCGAUGCUUUUGAAUAUGGGAAGGAAUGGCUUCCUGGUUUGUUGAAACCAACGAACUUGAAGAACUUUAUCAGAGAGAAUUAUGGAAAAUCUCCAUUGCAUGUAAAACGAGGCGAGCGAUCCAAAUAUAAGAGUGAUAUUUGGUUAACGUCAUCUGAAUUGUUUGAAAUAGUGCUUAAGGAGCUACUCCUCUACGGUGAACAUGUGGAUCUGCUUGACAGUGGAACACAAUCAUCACAAGAAACCAUGUACCCACAAGGAGAAAGAGCUGUCUCCGAAGUUGUAUUCAAUCAUUAUGCUGGAAAUGGUGGAAUACGCUUCAAAUUCACUGGAUUCACCGUAAAUCGGUCGCAUGUGGACCUGUUCAUCCUACAACAAGAAGGGAAACAAAAAGUGCAAGUUUCAAGGAGUACAGAAGGAGAGAUGGCAGGUGAAAAUAAAGAUAUUUUAACCUUUGCGAUGAAUCCUGGUGACUUACUUUACAUACCCAAAGGUUCUCAAUUCAGCAUGGCGUCUAAUUCCUCUAAACAUUCACUUCAUGUUUGUAUAAGCCUUGAAGAAAAGUAUACUUGGGCUGAUUAUUUAACUGAAUUAUUCCCAAUUAUAAUAAAAUCUGCUGCGGAAAAUGAUGCCGACUUUAAUCAGUCACUUCCAAUAAAGUGUUUCAAAGAUAUUGGUUCAUUUUACACUAUGUCAGAUGGCAAUAGAGAGAUGGUUGAACGUGAACAGGAAUUUCGUCAGCGAAUAACAACAGUCAAUCACGACAACAAAACUUUCAAUGGUAAAAAUUCGUUGGUAGAUCCAUUAUUUCUAGCUGCAGAUCAAAUGGCAGUGAAAAUGAUCAGUGAGAGUCAAGCACCAGUGGUAACACUAG